UUGACAUGCGUUAAGGCACACCGAUUGACGCACACAGUCAAUCAGAGCUCUCCUUCUAAGGGCAAUGCGAACUGUCCUUCUACUUAUGCAAACUGAGAUCCUACGCCCAUCGCGUUUUUGUCAUCUAUUGGCAUGCAUCUAUUGCUGCGUCACCUGCAUACCACUAUGCAAGUACAAGAAGCAGAAGCGCGCGAUCAGAAAUGUCCUGAUCUUCUGUUUUUCGACAAUCAUCACCGCGAAGGAGGAGCGUCACCCAGCAUAACGUUAUCAUAUAUUUCAUCAGAACCAUCAGAUCCAUCUCGCGAUCCUUACAACAACUUCAACAAAAACUAUGCUGGCGCAACCGCUGAUCGUGCAGCAGCCAAAGAAAACUACUUCAUCUUGUUGCGGUGGUGGGAGGAAAAGUGGGGGGGUCUCGUCUGCCAGUGCUCCGGGUUCUACCGGAGCAACGCCCGGCACAAGAACUUCGGCACCACGACCAACUGAAAAUCAGAUAACCUUAAGACGAUCCAUCUUUCUUUGGGAACAUUCUCCUAGAAACUGACGUUGGUUUUGAUGUUUCAAGUUGAAAAGACGAGUCCUCUCUCUCUCUGUCUGAUGAAUAGUUACAACAGUAGAAUAGUUGCCACAGGUUCCCUCGGGAAACCUCUAAGGAACCUGUUGUAGCUAUUUGGCGUUGAAGAUGGGAGAAUCGGGUCACCAGCUCUAAUAACGAGCAGCACCAUCUUCAUCCGCGGCAUCUGCUGCUCCUCUGAAGUGCCUAUGUUAAGGGUUACGGAAUUGCAUCCUUCACUACCAUUCUUGACUUAUAUUCCAAUAGGAAAGAAGUCCAGGAGGAUUAUCUGAAAAAAGUAAUUGCGCAACCCCUAACUAUGUGCAAGAGGAUCCUCUUCUCGGUGCCUGGAGUUGAAACCGUCGACGUCUCAGUGCCGCUGAAGGAGGCCUAUGUGCAGCACAAUGCGCUUUUAGCACCAGGGAAGGUGCUUGUGGACGCGUUGAACGAAGCGAGACUAGAAGCGAGCCUACAAAGGAAGAGGAAAUCUUGUUCCUCUUCUAGGUCAAGCAAGAAUCUUCCUCAAGGAUUAGAAGGAGGUGGAACAAAUCAACAUCAAGUGGGAGGAAGAUCAGGUUCAGGAGGAAGAUCAGGUUCAGGUGAUGAAGAUGAGGAGGAAGAAAACAUGGUGGUUGCCAUAUUUGGAGGUGGUUCUCAAAUAAGUGGCGGGUCUGAAGAUGACCAACACCAAGCAGGGCCUCGAGGACGCGCAGCCUCAAACGAUACCUCUCUUGUGUUUGUGAGCAGUCUAUUGACUCUUCUCACGACGAUCUAUAACUUCCUACGAUGGGGCGCCAGAGGCGCGCCUUUUAAGAUUCGACUCGCCACGGUUGUCUGGCUAGCGUGCACCGCUUUUCAGCCAUUGUUGGAACUGUUCUCCGAUGAAGGAGGACUCACGACCGCUCUAUUCAGCUUCCUGGUCGUCUUCCUCGUUCCAGGGGUCACUAUAGUGUAUAUUGGUGAGGAGGUGUUUCGGCGUGCGUGGCGAGCACAAACUGGUGUAGGAGGUAUGCACUUCUUGCUGUCCGUAAGCUCCCUUGGCUCACUUCUGCUAGGAGAGGCCGACGAUGCCGUCCUGUUGCUCGGGCUCUACCUGUUUUCCGACCAUCUGCAAACGAAAGUCGCGCAGACAGCUAGCCGCAUGUUGGAGGACAUUGAUCUCUCUGGAGGAGGUGCUGGGUCCUCAGGUGGAAAGGAUGGAGAAAACGGAAAAACGAGUUCGAGUAUUGGUAACGAUAUCAAGCCUGGUGACGUGAUUGCAGUGCGCAAGGGCAUGGCGGUCCCAUGCGAUGGCCGACUGGUUGGCGCAGACGGUAACACUGGCGGCGACAACAACAUCAAGUCACUGGUCGCGGUCGACGAGUCUCUCAUCAGUGGCGAAAUGCGACCCGUGAUGAAGAAAGAAGGGGACGCCUUGGUCGGAGGCUCGGUUAUCGUAUCUGGCAGUGCACGUAUGCGAGUCAUUAGUGUUACCACCGAGUCUCAGGCUGAGCGCAUUGUGCAGUCCGCGCGACGAGCCAUGUCUACGAAGCAGAAGUUGAGUCCCGCUCUAGAACGCUUUCUGGCAGUGUACACGAAGCUAGUAAUGUUCAUCGUCCUGGCAUUAGUGCUCGCAGCGGGAGUCGUUGCUGUACUGCCAGAAGGAUCUUCAGGAGGCUUCUUCUCUACCCUGUUGGGACCGAUUUUGCACUUCGAAGAACAAGACAGUUCCUCGAGCACUCUCUCAACUAAUAGUAUCUACACCUCUAAUGGAGGACAUGGAGAUGGAGCUUCAUCUUCAUCUACUUCUCCAACGAGUCCCCGCGAUCUUUUACUAUUAGCUUUGGUGCUCUUAGUUGGCGCCUGUCCGUGUGCCUUGGUGCUCGCAGGACCCUUGGCCUUUGUCUGCGGCACCGUGAGCGCAGGGAGACGCGAAAUCAUCAUCCGUGACCCUGAGUCUUUGCAGAAACUUGCUACUCUGCAACACCUAUUCCUCGACAAAACAGGAACGCUUACCCAAGGCCGCUUUCAGAUCUGCGACUUCACGAGCGACACCAUAGUUUCAACUUUUUCUUCUUCUUCCUCCACCAGCACAACCAUGAUGAGCGAAAAAGAACUUUUACUGCUCAUAUACGCCAUCGAAGUCGAGCAGUCCGCUGUCCAUCCGUUGGCACUAGCGCUAACGCAGUUCUGCAAGCGAAGACUAGCGCUUCUAGGCGUUGGAGAUCCCGAUCGGGAGAGCGCAUCCGCGUUUAGACUGCCGAGUCAGCUUGACGGCGAGAAUACAGGCGGCUUCUCCAUUGAACGAGGCAAGGGGCUCAUUGUCAGUGGUGCAGUAAGGCUCGGACACUGCAGUGAUUCUGCAACUACGCCUCCUACCUUGUGGUCUUCAGGUCAGAAACAAUCUUCAGCGGGAAGUCCGCGAGAAACCUUCUCGUUCCUGGAAGUCUGUAUCGGCAAUGACCGCAUGCGACAGGAACGACAAUGGACAGUGGCUGCUUUGAUCACCACAAGGACACCUUCUUCUACUACACGACCUGGUAACAAGAAUACUUUAUCUAGCAAGGCCAAGAGUACUUCUUCUAUUAGCUCCAACCUCUUCUAUGUCGCUGUCAAUGGCCGCAUUUUGGCGCAGUUUAGCGCUAUGGACCCCCUUAGAGCUGAAGCCCCAGUUGCGAUUCGAUCUAUGGUCCAUCGACUGAAUAUCAAAGCGACAAUGCUCACAGGGGACCAAUAUCCAGUUGCUGCAGGCAUAGCAAAGGAACUCUGCAACAAGGUACCAUAUAUAGUGUUAGUUUUUGUAGUUCCUAUUUUGCUAAUUCUAGUAUCCACCAACAUCAUGACAACUAAAACUAUGACAAUGACCUUGACCACACUCAAAGAAUACGAAUCUGUAGUUACUUUUUUCGAAACAUCAAUACACUAGUAUGACAAAACGAAAUUUCAGUCCGGAGUCGGUAUCAAUAUCUUCGCCGGUCUAUCACCAGAGGAGAAAGCCCUGAAUAUCAAGCGAGCUGCGACUGCACAGGAUGCGACCAGCACAACUGGACGAGCUAUAGCAGAACUAGCUAUCCUUGACCCUGAGGAUCCUGAGAACAUGAUCAUGAACAAAAAUUUGAGCAGCAGUACUCGUAGUAGUGGAAUGACCUCCUACAGUUCUGCUUUAAUAUCAGGCGGUCCGACUCCGACUCCUGUUACUACAACUGCAAUGGUCGGUGAUGGUAUUAACGAUGGUGUAGCGAUGGCUACGGCCAGUGUCUCGUUCAGCAUGGCUGCUGCUGGCACUGCUGUUGCUCUUCAGAGUUCUGACGUCGGACUGUUCGACAGCGAUCUUCGAAGCAUACCAUUUUUAAGGCUCCUUUCCGUUCUUGUAGUUCAUCUUAAGUAAGUAAAAGGAACAACCAUUAGUGUUAGUGUUGAUCACGUCAAUGAACUCCAAAGGAAAAUAAUACGACCUCUUUGCCUUUGGGCACGAUUGAAAGCACGAUUUCAUUUUCAAGGGGAAGACACGCCAAAGUAGAUGCGGCUCUUAAAGAUGAAGAACAAUGACUAAUAUGUCUAUGACGGGAUGAUCGGGAAGGCGAAGGUCCUCUAAUAUGUUGCGUUUAUCUCGCAAGAAAUACGCUCUCCACAUCUCGAUGGAACCUGUGGGUGUCUCUCGGCAGCAAGAUUCUACUCGUUGUACUGGUCGUUUUGCUGCCGGCUGUGAUGGGCUCAACAUCAGGAGGAUAUGCUCUCGAUCUUCAAGCGUCUUCAACCCCUCAGGAGGGCUCCACGUCAAGUGUCAACUCCAACUCCAUUCUGCUUUCGAUCUCCAUCUGGCUGGACUUUCUUACGCUGCUCUUCGUCCUGUUAAACAGUGCGCGAUUGCUGGCCUACGAGGGACCGCGAGAUCUGCUGAAAACGGAAGCGCUAGCCGGUGUCGACUACUGCGCAGCUACCGAAGAAAGCAAGACGCUCGUAAAACCAGCAAUAGCAUCGACCUAGGUCGUGGACUAGGAGGUGCAAAAGGCUUCAUCUAGUUGUUUAAUUGGUAGAAAUCGUCGUAAGGACAUGACGAUGAUAUUAAGGUCAACCACAAUGUUGAACCGACGUAGGUGUUAGUAGGCUAUAUAAUCCUCCCAUGAAGUUCAUGGGACGAGGAAUGGCAUGAACAGCACAUUGAUACUUUUAGCCAUAAAAACCCAUAAACAUCAACAUGAGAAGAACAGAAUUGCCUUUGCGCCAACCAGUCUGCGUCUCGUCGAAAGGCCGACACGCAUGCCUACUCAAUACAAACAACUACAACUACGACCACAAGCUACUUAGAACAAUCAUUUUUUCAUCUUCUCUGCUCGCAUUCCAACAAAGACUCGAAAUGCCAACAAAGACUCGAAAUCUAGUAAGUACAUUUAACGAUGUUCUGAUUGUUUUAACUUUAUCAAGUUAUCUCUAAUAUCAGAUUCAGAUACUAGUCUCUACGGGUGCUACGGACAGCACUAUCAGAGACGCGCAUCACAUGACAUGUUCCUCGUUUUUCGCAUAAUUUGUUUUUUUGUUUAAAUAAAAAGUAGGUGGAACAAAACGUGUGAAGUACAUGCGGGUGGCAUACCUUAAUUUGUACGCAGCUCAAAGUUAGCAAAACGAAAACAGGCAGAAGUUUCUCAUUAAUUCAGAGCCGCAGGACUAUUAGUGUCAUUCUCGUUUUCUUGUGCCAUGAUAAUAUUGCAACACCAGCUAACAAAAAGAAUAAAUCAGCAUCCUUCACCAGCACAACAAUAUUUGAAAUUCAUUAUCACGCGACUCAAGCUCAUUCUCAUAUCAUCUUAUUCCACGACCACUAGAAUAAAGGUUCUGACCUGUGCAUUUUUUGAUAUACAAUGUACCCCUCAUCUACGACCCGAAUCAUAGACAAAUGCUUAAUAUUGUGACCACAUCGUACCUUUGACGAACCUGGAAGGUACGAGGUGCACAAGUAGUACAUUUUUGCACACGCACGUACUCAUUGAUGGAGAUUGCAACACGUCUCGACAUCUAGGGGUCGUUGCAGCAGGUUCUCUCUCGUCGGGAUACUACAGCACUCGCAGUUUCAGAAAAGUAAGGAAGAAAUAGAAGAAAACCGCGUUAUGCC